AUAAUCAUAACCAUAUUGUCAAUCACCUAAUCAUUGUACAAUACACAUCUUUAGUAUUUCUUGAAGCAAUUCCAAGAUAAGUUCUUUUUUUUGGCUUCCUCCUCCCACAUCUUAUUUGCAGGUUGAUGAGAAAUGAGAUCAUCAAGAACCCCAAAGUUUUCAUUUCUUAAUCUUAUCUUCUCUUUUCCAAAUACUAUUUGAAUACUGAAAUUAAAUCACAUUUUGUGACACUCAUCAUUCUUCUCUUUCUCUAAACAUGAAGCCUUCAUCACCAAUUUCACUCGCUACUUCUUCUCUUGCAAGAAAAACUCGUCUUUCACCUUACCUCUUCACACUCUUAGCCUUCAUCCUCUUCGUCUCUGUCCUCUAUGGUGAAGAUUUCAUGUGCAUGUUUGGCCAGCUUGAGCCCAACUUCGUCCUCACGCCUUCUCGAACACCCGAGAAGAACAAGAAGACGGAGAAGCUUGCGUUUGCUAUUGGUAAAACAGAGGAAAGAUGUGAUGUAUUUAGCGGGAAAUGGGUGCGAGAUGAAAUCUCCCGACCACAGUACGAGGAAUGGGAGUGUCCGUACAUACAACCUCAGCUUACGUGUCAAGAACACGGCCGUCCCGACAAAGAUUACCAAUUCUGGCGGUGGCAACCCAAUCAGUGCGAUCUUGCCACAUUCAAUGCAACGUUGAUGCUGGAGACAUUGAGAGGGAAGAGGAUGAUGUAUGUAGGAGACUCGUUAAACCGUGGAAUGUUCGUGUCCAUGGUCUGUCUUCUUCAUCGUCUUAUCCCUGAAGAUCAGAAAUCAAUUAAAACCAAUGGUUCCCUCACUGUCUUCACUGCCAAGGAGUAUAACGCGACGAUAGAGUUCUAUUGGGCACCGUUUCUUCUAGAAUCGAAUUCAGACGAUGCAAUCGUGCAUCGGAUAUCGGAUAGGGUUGUGAGAAAAGGGUCAAUUAACAAACACGGUCGUCACUGGAAAGGUGUCGAUAUAAUCAUCUUCAACACUUACUUAUGGUGGAUGACUGGAUUGAAGAUGAACAUCUUGCAAGGAUCGUUUGACGAUAAAGAGAAGAAUAUCGUGGAGGUUUCGACUGAAGAUGCGUACCGGUUGGGUAUGAAGAGUAUGUUGAGAUGGGUGAACAACAAUAUGGAUCGUAAGAAAACUAGGGUUUUCUUCACAAGCAUGUCUCCAACUCAUGCCAAGGGAAUAGAUUGGGGUGGUGAACCGGGUGAGAACUGCUAUAAUCAGACAACACUUAUAGAAGAUCCGAGCUACUGGGGAUCAGAUUCUCGUAAAAGCAUAAUGAAAGUGAUUGGAGAAGUGUUUGGGAGAUCGAAAACACCGAUAACGUUUCUGAACAUAACGCAGAUGUCGAAUUAUCGGAAAGAUGCGCACACGUCGAUAUACAAGAAGCAGUGGAGUCCACUAACGGCGGAGCAGCGGGAGAAUCCGACGAGCUAUGCGGAUUGUGUACAUUGGUGCUUGCCUGGCCUUCAAGAUACUUGGAAUGAGCUUCUCUUUGCUAAACUUUUCUACCCUUGACAAAAACAAAAGUAGUUUCUCCGUUAAAAUACGACACCGUUUUGGUUUUGAGUUUGGAUAUUGAGGUAUUGUCGAUAAAUUUUUUUUAAAUGUAGUCAUGGACUUGAUAUUGUCUCGUUUUUUUUGUUGUAAGACAAAAGGGUUUUUUCACAAAUCAAGAUUGAUAANUAAUUUCUAAUUAAUGUA